GCGCGUGCCUGGCGGCGGACCUCGUGGGCGUCGCGGGCGGCGGGGGCGGCGCGCCACGCCAGGCAUGACUGUGACGCUCGGCGGCGGCGGCGGCGCUGGAGGUUAAAGCGCUCGGCGCGGCCGCCGCCUGUUCAGUCGCAGCGCAGCCUCCGCCCGCCAUGACGCCGCUGCCCGCCUCGUUGCUGCUGUGCGCGGCGCUGCUGCUGCUGCCGGCGCUGGCCGCGGCCGCCGACGUUGUCAGUUUGGACGGCGCCCGCUGGACCGUCCGCAACGCCAAUGGCAGCGUGAGAGUGCCGGCCACGGUGCCGGGGGGCGUGUACACGGACCUCCGAGCGGCCGGCGUGCUCUCCUCCGACUUCUUCUUCGGGCACAAUGACGAGCUCUACCGCUGGGUGUCCUACGACAACUGGACUUAUGAAUUGACCUUCGAAGUGGACGAGUCGCUGCUGCAGCGGCGGCACGCGCAGGUGGUGCUGCACGGCGCCGACACCGUGGCCGAGGUGUGGCUGAACGGGCAGCGCCUGGGCGGCGUGGAGAACAUGUUCGUGCGGUACGCGCUGGCUGCGACGGGCGCCCUGCGCGCCGGCGCCAACCGCCUCGCCGUCAACUUCACGGCGGCGCCCGUCGAGGCCCGCCGCCGGUACGAGGCGUACCGGCGCGCGCACGGGUACGCGGUGCCGCCCGAGUGCGUGCCCGACGACUACCACGGCGAGUGCCACGCCAACCACCUGCGCAAGAUGCAGGCCUCCUUCUCCUGGGACUGGGGCCCGGCCUUCCCCUCCGAGGGCCUCUGGAAGAGCGUGGCGCUGGAGGCGUUCGACGCGGCGGUGGUGCGCGACGUGAUCGUGCGUUUCGCGGAGCCCGCGGGCGAGCAGGGCGCCUCACUGCACGUGCGCGCCUUCCUGGAGCUGGGCCCCGGCGCCGCCCCCCUGGAGGGCACGCUGGCCGCCACCCUGCAGCUGCCGCAGGGCCCCGCGCGCGCCUCCGCGCACGUGCAGCUCAGCCCCGACGCUCGCGGCCACGCCGUCGCCGACCUCACCGUCUCCGGCUUCGACCCCCUCCUCCCGCUCACCGUCUCCUUCACCAGCGGCGGCGAGAGCUCCGAGGUGACGCGCCGCGUCGCCUACCGCACCAUCGAGCUGGUGCAGGACCCCGUCACCGAAACCCCGGAGUUCCGGGAGCACCUGAAUGUCUCGGAAAAUGACAUUAACUACGGAUCUGCAGACAAAGGUCUCACCUUCUACUUCCGCGUCAACGGCCGGCCGAUCUUCGCCAAGGGCUCCAACUGGAUCCCAGUGAACGUACUGCCCGAGCUGGGCGGCGACCCAGCCCACGUGCGCUACCUCCUCGAGUCUGCGCGCGACACCCACACCAACAUGGUGCGCGUGUGGGGAGGCGGCGUCUACGAGUCGGACCUCUUCUACGAGUUUGAAGGGACGGAGGGAGGGAGAGUGGCUGAGAGACGUGCUCGGUUGCAGUUGGCGGACGAGAUGGGCAUCCUCAUCUGGCAGGACCUCAUGUUCGCGUGCUCCAUGUACCCUGCGGACGAGGCCUUCCUGGCGCUGGUGCAGGAGGAGGUGGAGCAGCAGGUGCGCCGCCUGCAGACGCACGCCAGCGUCGCCCUCUGGGCCGGCAACAACGAGAACGAGGGCGCGCUCGUCGACAACUGGUAUGGGACUGGUGCCAAUUUCCAACAGUACAAAUCUGACUACGUAAACCUCUACGCCAACACCAUCAGGCCGCUGGUUCUGGAACUCGACCCAACGCGUGAUUACGUAGUGUCCAGCCCGUCCAACGGCUUGGAGACUGACAAGGAAGGCUACGUGUCCACUAACCCAGGAAACGCGUUGUACGGUGAUGUGCACUACUACGACUACGUGGCGGACGGGUGGAACGCGGACACGUACCGACGGCCGCGCUUCGCCUCCGAGUACGGCUUCCAGUCGAUGCCGGCGCUGGCGACGCUGCGCUCCGCGGUGGCCAACGCCUCCGAGCUGGCGGUCGACUCGGAGCUGAUGGCGUCGCGCAACCACCACCCGGACGGCUACUCGGAGAUGGCGCUGCUGGCGGCCAAGCGCCUGCCGCUGCCCGACGACUGGCGCACGCCCCAGCGCUUCGACGCCUUCAUCUACCUCACGCAGAUUUACCAGGCAGUUGCCACUCAGACCCAGACAGAGCACUACCGGCGAUUGCGAAGUCAGCUUCUGGCAAGCGGAGAGGGAUUGUGCAUGGGCGCUUUGUACUGGCAGCUGAACGAUUUAUGGCAAGCUCCUACGUGGGCAUCGAUUGACUCGGCGGGCCGCUGGAAGCCGCUGCAGUACCUGGCGGGGGAGUUCUUCGCGCCGCAGAUGGCGUCCGCGUACGUGGACACGGCGCACCGCGUGCACGUGUGGGCCCUGAACGACCGCCCGGAGCCCGUGGUGGGCGUGGUGCUGCAGGCGCGCCCCGGCCGCUGGGACGCGCUGCCCGAGGCCGGCUGGCAGAACAUCUCCGACGUCUUCACGCUGGCGAGACAAGAGGACAUACCUAGAAGCCAACUGAAGAUGCGUUGUGCACGCGCGAUGUGGCAGGCGGCGGCGGGCAGCCAGCACGUGCUGACGGCGGACGUGUCGCCGUGGCUGGCGGGCCUCCGCGGGUGCGAGGCGGCCGCCGAGCGCUGCUUCGUGCUGCUGCGCCUGCUGGCCGUGGCGGACGCCGUGCCGCUGGGGCCCGAGCGCGCCGUGCUGCCCGUGGCGCCGCGCCUCGCGCAGGGCCUCCUGCCGGCCGACAUCCAGGUGGCGUCGGUGAGCGGGCCCGACGCGGACGGCGCGCUGGAGGUGGCGCUGCGCACGGACCGGCCCGCGCCCUUCGUGUGGCUGGAGGCCGGCGACUGGGAGGGCCGCUUCUCGCGCAACGCCUUCCUGCUGGCGGACGGCGCCGCGUCCGUGCGCUUCCUGCCGCGCGCCGGCGCCGCGGCGCCCUCCGCCGCGCAGCUGCGCGCCGCCCUCACCGUCACCUCCGUCGCCGCGCAGGCCGUCACGCGCACCGCAGCCGCAGAAAUAACGCUUGCACAAGCCAUUCGUAAAACGGCUCGAACAAGUGCUCCCCAGAACGACCUUGUUACUGGCGCGUCCCCUCUAAUCUCACUCUUUAAAGUGGAACUUGCUCUUCAAAAGGGAAAGCUUGAUGAGUAUGUUGACAAUCGUUGGUAG